AGAUUGCCUGGUAUUAGUAGUUUUCUGGAUUGCUGUCAUUCCAUUUGUAAGAAUGUGGAGUACCGUGUUGUGUUCACUUUUGUUUUUGGCGAAAAGUUUUGCUGAUCGAGAACUAAUUCCUAUGGAACCCCCUGGAAAUUUAACACUACUCAACUUUGAAGACAAAGACGUGGUUGUACAGUGGGACUCAAUAGAACCCGAAUCUGUUAGAGGUACUUUCAAAGGUUACUUGUUGAGAGUUUGGAAUCAUGCUUUGAGUCAAGUGUAUGCAAUUCCUCCGGACAUAACAAAAACGUCAGUACAAUUCUUUCCUUACUCCAAGAAUUUCAUGACUGUUGCUGUCAGAAACGACAAGUACGUUGGGCCAAGAAGUAACACUAUUAGUUUUGAUGCGCCUCAAACAGAACCCAACAUGCCAUUUUUGUUUGAACACUACCAACUUGGAUCUAGUUCUGUGUUAUUGCAAUGGAAUAAACCGACUCAGGCGAACGGAAUUUUAUUGGGCUACAAUGUAUAUUGCAGUGAAAUGAAGGGGGACACAGUAGAUGAAAAAUCUACCGUGAGAUAUUUCGUAUCUGGGUCCGAUAAUUUUCAAGCCAAACUAACCGGUCUGAAGGAAGGAAUCAAAUACUUCGUCCAAAUUGGAGCUGUCAAUUGUGCUGGAGAAAGCGACCACAAAGUUAUGGAGAUCGAGUUAGAAACACAAACACCCCAGAAACCUUCGAUGCCAACGUUCAAAUACCACAUUGACUUCAACAUAACCGAUAAGAAUGACCUGAUGAAAGCGAAGUGUUACGAAACUAGCCAAUAUCCGAAAUCAGACGGUUCGGCGGACGAUUUUUAUAUUCUGAAUGAACAAGAAAGCGGAAAAGUUGUAACCCACAGUCCCCUGCCAAAAGAGUGGAUUCACGUACAUUCAAAUUGUCUUGUGAACACACUCAUUAAGUGGAUACCCGAUGUAACCAACAUACCCGGUGAACAUUUCUACGUGAAAUAUAGAAUAAAGGGCGAACCAGAAUUUUUGAAAACGGCUCCCGAACUAGAAGAGGAUUACACGAUACUGGAAAACUUCAACGCAUGCGUUAAUUACGAAAUUAUUCUUGUGGCCGUCGAUGGGGACUUCGAAACGGAAAGUGAAGUUCAAGAAACACCGGCUAUUAUGUUCAUGUUCCGACAUUAAACUCUCAAUUUUUUCUACCUAAUUACUUUAAUGCAUCUAUUAAUACAUUGAAGAUUCA